UCUAGGUGGUAGCUCGCGGAGGCGCUUCCCGAGAGUGACGCGCAGACUCAGCUCCCCCGCGGCCCGCCCUCCCGCCGGCCUCGCCGCGGUCUCCCUCGCUCCCUGAGAUCGCUGAGCGCCGAACAGCGGCCCGGGGAGGAGGCCUCGGGCGACGCGGCGCGGAGUGGGAGGGCGGGCGGGCAGUGGGAGCGCCGCGGGUCUCUAUAUGGCGACGGCUCUGUCGGGUCUGGCUGUCCGGCUGUCGCGCUCGGCCGCCGCCCGCUCCUAUGGGGUCUUCUGCAAGGGGCUGACCCGCACGCUGCUCAUCUUCUUUGACUUGGCUUGGCGGCUGCGCAUCAACUUUCCCUACCUCUAUAUCGUGGCUUCCAUGAUGCUCAACGUGCGCCUGCAGGUUCAUAUUGAGAUCCACUGAAGGCCAACGCUGACUGACAGGCAUCACCCCAGCUCACUGCAUCAUAGGCGCAAAGCAUGAGGGGUAGAAGAGGGACCCUGGGUGCUUGCUUGACAAGCGUAAGGAGGUCACAAG